UAUCUGGUAACCCUGUUACGCUGUCACUUCAAUCGUUUAUCCGUGCCGUUUGCCUAGAUCUUUCAUAGAUAUUUCUCGAAAACAUUGAUAAUUUAUAUAUCUGAACUACCAAAGCUUGUAAACAAUAAAUUUUAAUAUCUAUAAUUUAUAUACAAAAUGUCACAUACGAUUUUAUUAGUGCAACCUGGCCCGAGGCCCGAAACUAGAACAUAUUCUGAUUACGAGAGCGUCAAUGACUGCAUGGAAGGUGUUUGUAAGAUUUACGAAGAGCAUUUGAAAAGACGGAAUCCAAAUACACCAACUAUCACUUACGACAUUUCACAAUUGUUCGAUUUUGUUGAUCAGUUGGCGGAUUUAAGUUGUUUAGUGUACCAGAAGUCAACAAAUACAUACGCCCCAUACAACAAGGAUUGGAUAAAAGAGAAAAUAUAUAUACUACUGCGUCAGGCGGCGGGACAGAGUGACUGAAUGUAGGUAGUGUAAGUUAUGCUAGUGUGAGGUUGAUUAUAAUAUAACAUUUAUCUAUUUUUGUUUAGCCGUUUUAAUUUAUUACUAUUUGUCCAUUAUUUAGCUAUGAUAUAUUAAGCCUGUUACAGGGUUCAAAAUAAACUAAACUCAUGUAUAAAAAUGUGAAAAACUUCUUUUUUGUAUUUAUUGUAAAAAUAAAUAUGAAAGUUGUUCUUUUACAUAUGUGAAACUCAAAGCUAGACUUAUAGAGUACCAUAGGUGUCACAGUAUAAACUACAAUUUCAUACUACUGUUCAUGUCAAUAAGUGACAGUUAUCACACCAUCAGCUUGGUUGUCAACAAUGCCAUUCUAAUUUGCAUUAAAAUUGUAUAACCCAUGGUUUAUGUAAGAACCUUCUAUUUGGAAAACAAUCUUUAAAAUGAGUUCAAUAGUUUCAAAUAUCACCCUUUACAGAUAAACCAGCCAUACCUAUACCUCAUAUAAUAUAUAUAUAUAUAUAUAUAUAUAUAUAUUGCAUGUAUAUUUAUUACAGAUUCCAUAAUUUUGUUAAAGAUUACAUACCAGUAUAAUAUAAUGACAAUGGUGGAGGGCAGUGCAAUUAAUAAAAAACACAUUAGCAGCUAUUCAGAGGGAGAGACGUUAAUUUUGUUUUAAAAAUUAAUUGUUAUAAUUUAUGCUGUAUUCAUUGAGCAUAGAUAUUUUCCGUUAUUUGUCAUUGUAUCAAUGACUACGUUUUUUAUUUUCAUGUCUGCUCCUCUGCCAUAAUUGUCUAAUAUUAUAUAAAUACAUAAAAUAAUAAUCUCUAAACUUGAUUAACUUUGGAAUCUGGAAUGUUUUUUGAUUAUAAACUAAAUCUAAAUGUUUAAAUUCCAAAUUUUCAAAAGUUUUUCUUUAUACACUUAGAAUGGCAAAAAAGCUGAUGACCCAUCUGAGAGAAAGUGGUAACCAUGGUCUAUAGACAUGGACAGUACCUUAAACCUAAUGGACUAUACUAUAUAGUUGUAUAAUAAAAAGGUUACAUACAAUAGUAUCUUGAUUGCUAAUCAAUGCGCUAAACAAAACAUAUUGGCAAUAGUGGAGUGGAUCGCUUUUACAAAAAUUUUUAUCUAAUAUCUUAAAUGUAGAUUUAAUAACUUGAUUAGUGUUUGUCUUGGUUUCAUUUAAUUUUUAAAAAUACUUAACUCUAUCUGUUUGAUUGACGGCAACCACAAAAUUAAACAAUUUAUUGUAAUAAUAAUAAUACUAUGGCUUAAAUAAUGGACAAGUUAAAUAAAGUUUUGACUUCAAUUAAAUGAAUAAUACAACAGUGACUUUGAAAAAUGAGCAAUUUUGUUUUAUUAUUUAUGUAUAUAGAGAUCAGACUUGAAUGGGAAUUUGCGAUUGAGGUAGAAUCUGUAAUUGUAAAAUAAUACGAUUUGUUUUAAAUUUCUCUUCUCUGACACUAUUGAUAUAAGUAAAAGCAUGAAACAUUUAAAAGUAACAUAAAAAAUACAUUUAUAUUGUAUUUUAUGAGAAAAUGUUACAUUUUACCUGCAAACAGAUGGACAUAUUUGUUUACUCAUUUUGAUUUUAGUUUUAGUAAGCCCCCUUCUUAAUAACUAGGUUCUUUUUUCUUUUUAUUUAUAAAGUGAUAGCCACGUAAAAUAUGUGAGUUCUUCAAAUUAAUGAUUUGUCUUUGUUGAGAACAUUUACAGAGCCAAAUUUCUGACACAACAAGCAAUAUUGUAGUGAUUGUUUAAACUUGAUUCAUUGUCGCGUAAUAAGAUUUAGUAACUAUACUGUGUCUAAAAAGUAGUUUGUAAGAUUUGAACGAAGUGUUCAAAGAGAAAUUGCUAAAAGCGGCUGACCAAAUAUGAAACUACAAAAUCUGUAAUAAUUGUGUAAAAUUGUAAAAAAAAAAAUCGAAGAAAUGUUCUCUCUAUCUCAAUAUAUGGGUAUUUUACAUUAAAAAAAUGAUAUGUGUUCAGUAAAGCUUAAUUCCAGUAAUGGGAAAUAGCAACCAAUUUUAUUUUGUUACCAAACUUGGUAGACACUUUCAUAAUUAUUUAUAAAGUUGUUGUAUUAGAGACGUGCUGUGUAAUAAGGUUCUUUAGCUUGCUACAACAAAUUGCACCAUGAGAAUCAGUAUUUAUUCAUCUUUCAACUAGAUUUACUAGUGUGGACGUGCUUUAGCACACAAUGCUAUCGGAGAAAAUUCAUUCUUAUUUAUAUACGUUUAAGAAUAAAUUUUGUCUAUCUUGUUGUUUUGGCGGUUGUAUCUCCCGCUUGCGGGAUCUGACUCACUUGUAACUCAAAUAUUGUAAGGUAUACUGUAUACAUAUAUUAGUACUUAUAUUGCUUAUAAGAUAGGGUUGCUAUCUCUAAAAUUCGGCAACCAGAACAAGACGUGUGAAAACCCCGGAUUUUAAAGCCCUGAACCCGGAUAUAUCAACAGGUUUUUAACAUUGUUAGUUAUGCCCGUCCGGACGCCCCCUGGAUGCCCACUAAACUAGGACAAAUCCGGGGAAACCCGGACGGAUGGCAACCCUACUUAUAGAGAAUAUAUAGCACAGCGCCAUCUAGUUCCACAUUAAGUUUGUAGUUGUACAAAAAUCGUGAAGUUACUAAUUCUUUUAAUAACUGUACGUUACCACUACCACUCGUGUACGGAUGUCGUCCUCUAGUGUUUAACGUUUCUAAUUUGCCUUCGUGUAUAACUAAGAUGGUCGACGACGAUAUACAAGACUAUUAUGGGUACUGAACAACUAAAAAAAAAUUACGUACUUUUUUCAUUUAUACUCGAUAAUAUAUUAAAAAAUUAACACUGAUUCAAGUGGUAUAAUUGAUUCAAUUUAUUUUAGUAAGUUAUAUUUUAUAAAGAAAUUCAACCGUUUUCUUCUUAGAAAUUAUUGAUGUUAAAGAAGUAUCAUUUUUAUAUAUUUUUUUUCUCGUACAAAACCUUUGUCUUUUUUGUUGUUAAUUUUUCUAAUAAGAUACUGUGUAAGUAUAAGAAUAAAGAUUAAAUUAUAA